AGUUUUGUUGCCAUGUGAAGGUAAAGGUGAAUCCGGACCAGCUCUGGCUUGUUGGAAAAGAGCUGAUAAAAAAAUGAAGGACAGACAGGGUUUUUGGGUCCAAUAGGUUGAUCUGUGAAAUUACGAAAAUAAACAAGACGUCAGCAGCCGCCUCCCACCGGUUUCCCUCCCCUUAUCUGAUUGGCUCGGCCGGCCGUUUACUGGAUGGCCAGGCGCUUCUUUUCCCAGCAGCAGGCUGAGAUACCGGCCCUCUCUGGGGGCCAGUCUGCCCCCCCCAUCACUGGCCCACCCUGCCCCACGAGCCUCGUGUCAACAUACGCUUAUUUUGUUAUUGUUUUUAUUUCAGGCUGUGCUUAUUCCAUUCUCAGACCCUGUCUGAUGAGCUCAGAUUCAGUCCUUAGAGCCCACGUGUAAAAGUAUGUAAUUGUUUGUGUUGAAUGCAUUUUAAAGUCUGCUCCUCUUGUGAUCACAACUGCUCCUGAUCUACAUCCCCUCUCUCUGUGUUUAAGAGAAGGGCACUCCAGCCUGCUGAGUGUGAGCUGACACUCUGAGGCUUGUGAGCCUUAGGUGUGAUCGAUGUUUUUCCUGCCACUGUGGACAUCUGGCUCCUUCAGUGCGCGAAGCCUAAAUCUCCAGAAUGGUCCCUAGUCUCUCCUCAUAGCCUGUGAACUUUACGCCCCUGAUUCGGUGAGCAGAUAAGCCUUGCCAUUGACGUUACUGGCACGCAGGGUACAGUGUGCAGGUGGCAGAAACUUUGCCCCGCGCCACCCCUCUCAGUGUGGCGUUGGUAAACACUGCCAGCCUCGGUGGCGGGCAGGGGGGUUUUUCCCCGGGGGGUGACCAGGGUGCCCACACGGCGCGGCCGCUGAGUGUCGGCCGUGUCCCGGAGUCUCAGACAGCGGGCGGCCGCAGCACGCACACCUAACGCCAGCAUGACGAAUGGAGCUGUUCCGGGAGAGCAAGUAAAGAGAGAUGAGAACUCGCGGAGAGGAAACUGGGGGAACCAGAUCGAGUUUGUCCUCACCAGUGUGGGCUACGCCGUGGGGCUUGGCAACGUCUGGAGGUUCCCUUAUCUCUGCUACAGAAAUGGAGGCGGUGCCUUCAUGUUCCCGUACUUCAUCAUGCUGGUGUUCUGCGGUAUCCCCCUCUUCUUCCUGGAGCUCUCCUUUGGCCAGUUCGCCAGCCUGGGCUGCCUCGGGGUGUGGAAGGUUAGCCCCAUGUUCAAAGGGGUGGGCUAUGGCAUGAUGGUGGUGUCCACCUACAUCGGAAUCUACUACAACGUGGUGAUCUGCAUCGCCUUCUACUACUUCUUCAUGUCCAUGACCAACCUGCUGCCCUGGACCUACUGCAACAACCCCUGGAACACGGCAGACUGCAGCGGGGUGGUGGGGGCGUCCCGUUUAAACAGCUCCCUGGCCAACGCCUCGGCCGCGGUGUCCAGCCUGGCCGAGCUGGUCAACCGCACCAAGAGGACCAGUCCCAGCGAGGAGUACUGGAAACACAAGGUGCUCAACAUCUCGGACGACAUCGGGAAUUUCGGGGAGGUGCGCCUCCCGAUCCUUGGCUGCCUAGCGGUGUCCUGGGUGGUUGUGUUCCUCUGCCUCAUCAGGGGGGUCAAGUCCUCAGGCAAGGUGGUGUAUUUCACAGCCACCUUCCCCUACGUGGUGCUGACCAUCCUCUUUGUCCGCGGCAUUACCCUGGACGGGGCAGUCAACGGCAUCGCGUACUACCUGACCCCUCAGUGGCAGAAGAUUCUGGAUGCCAAGGUGUGGGGAGAUGCCGCGUCUCAGAUCUUCUACUCUCUGGGCUGUGCUUGGGGAGGCCUCAUCACUAUGGCCUCCUACAACAAGUUCCACAACAACUGCUAUCGAGACAGCAUCAUCAUCAGCGUGACCAACUGUGCCACCAGCGUCUACGCCGGCUUCGUCAUCUUCUCCAUCCUGGGCUUCAUGGCGCACCACCUGGGGGUGGACGUGUCCCAGGUGGCGGACCACGGGCCGGGCCUGGCCUUCGUGGCCUACCCAGAGGCGCUGACGCUGCUGCCCAUCUCGCCUCUCUGGUCCCUCCUCUUCUUCUUCAUGCUCAUCCUCCUGGGCCUGGGAACUCAGUUCUGUCUGCUGGAGACCCUCGUCACCGCCAUUGUGGAUGAAAUCGGGACGGACUGGAUCAUCAAGAACAAGACGGUGGUCACGCUUGGGGUGGCCAUUGUGGGUUUCCUCCUAGGAAUCCCCCUGACCACACAGGCUGGGAUCUACUGGCUGCUGCUCAUGGAUAACUACGCGGCCAGCUUCUCCCUGGUCAUCAUCUCCUGUAUUAUGUGCAUCUGCAUCAUGUACAUUUACGGAUACCGAAACUACUUCAAAGACGUGGAGAUGAUGCUGGGUUUCCCUCCUCCGAUCUUCUUCAAGAUCUGCUGGAGAUUCGUGUCGCCCGUCAUCAUCACUUUUAUCCUGAUCUUCACUGUAAUCCAGUACAAGCCGAUCACCUACAAUGAUUACAUCUACCCGAACUGGUCUUUAAUCAUCGGCUUCGCCAUGGCCCUAUCCUCGGUCAUCUGCAUACCCAUCUAUGCUCUCUACAAGAUAGCCGUGUCUGACGGGUCCACAUUGUUAGAGCGGUUUAAGAACUCAAUGAAGCCGGACCAGAGCUGGGGCCCGGCCCUGCUGGAGCACCGGACAGGGCGCUACGCCCCUGGGGGGGCCCUGGGGCCCGACGGCGGCCUGGAGGUGCGUCCCCUGAAGGAGGAGCGGAAGGAGGAGGAGAAGGAGAAGCUGGACGAGAUCAGCCUCACCAUCCAGGGCAGUAACGGCUCCACGCACAACCCGACCCCCAGUGCAUAGACGCAGCCACCCACCCCUUUCCCACCCAGCACAGUGGGGGAGACCAUACUCGCAGGAGACCUUUACAUAUUGUAAGGGCUUAUUAUUUCUAACCUCUAGAGAAUUGGUCGUCAUCCAAAAUAUUUUAUUUGUCCACAUAAUUUAAUAAUGCAGUUUUUUUUAAAAGAAGAAAAAAGAAACAUUUUUUUCAUAUGCAUGAGAAUCUAGAAAUGUUGCAUACACUGUUUUGUACAUAGUACAAAAAUGACUAGUGAGAGGGAUACAUUCUUCUUUUUUUUCUCUUCCAAAUUGUACAAAAAUCCAGAUAUGUGAUAGUAGCAGCAGCACUUGCAACAGGCAACUCGGGCGUACAGAUAGUGCUGGCAGUUUUAAAGCUGGAGACCAAAUGUUCCUUGCGUCGACACUGCCGACAUGUCCAAAUAGCACCGCUCUUCUGAUCUCUCCUGGAGCCGCUCUGGUUCUCCUCUCACCUGCUCUUCAGCACCUGGUAUCUGGCACCUUGUUCCGUAGUCUCAACUUAGACUGUUGUUCAAAAGCUGCUUUUAAAUUAUUGAGAACAGCAGCUAAUGAGUCUAUUCGGAGCCAAGUGCUAUUUCGAUGUGUCCACCCGCUAGAUCUUGUCUCAGUUGCGUCCUUUGGAUAAAGCUUGAUGUUUGACAUGCCAGUUUUCUUUUUCAUACCACAAGGCGGAUAUUAAUCGUUUUAAACUAGUUUACGCUGCCAGUGAAUGCAGAAAUUAAACGUAGAUUGUCACAUAACAGGAAAGCUUGUGGUAAUGUACAUGUGGUCUGUACUGGGCAUGAAAAUAACGGUUAUUUUCAGUUAUUGUCAGAUGUUAGUGGGCAUUCUGUAUGUGUCUGAUCCCUUUAACAAUGAAAGCUGUUCACAGCUUGAAACUUAAUUCACUUCCUUGGCGAAUACAAUGAUAUUUUACAGAGAGCUUGACAUUGAAAACAAGUGUCACAGGGUUGCACCUUAACUAGAAGAAUUGAAAUAAGGAAAAGAACAAGAAGUGGGCUAGGUUUAGAGUAGCUUCUACUUUAUUUCAGCACAUUAGUGCUCCAGAUUUAACCUCAACCUAUGUACCAAUACAGGCUUGCUCGCUAAAGAAGGACCACCACCCCCCCCCCCCCUUCCAUAUGAUAAAACUUUUGAGAAAAAUCAGAUGAGAAAAUGUAGCUAACUCUACGUGAGAGAUACAGUCUGUCAUGGCAGGGAGGGUGGACACACUGACAGAUACACAGACACAAGACUACAGAACAGCACGCUUGCUGGAACACAUACAUGCCAGUUAUUGGCUGGAAUCGUGUGUGUGAUCUGGUAACACAAUCCUUUGUCUGAAACAUAAUUAUUUUUGUCCGAAACACUGACCCCUAGAGGGGAACCUUGGUAGGUUAUUCAUUAGAUUGGUUUGGAUUGUAGCUUGUAAAGCCUCAAAUGAAGAAAACAUUCUUUUUUGCUGUUUUAAAUUUUUAUCAGUUGGUAAGCAUUACCAGCCAUCAACAAGUAACAGAAAACCCAAGAUUUUCAUUAAUAUCCCUAAUAUAUACUAAUUUUCACAAAUGUAUGCUUACGUGCAUAUCAGUAUGAAAGGAUAUUGGACUCCAGCUUUCUAAACGGCUACCCCGAUUGGUUAAAAUGCUUUUUUUUCCUCCGUGCCCAUUCUCAGGGUCCCAACAAGUAUGCUUUCUGAACAUUUUCAACACCAGAAUGAGUGUUGCUUUGAUUAGGGGGUCGGUGUGUGUGUGUGUGUGUGUGUGAGGGAGAGAGAGAGCCCAUAGAAGUAAUAAUUCAUUGAAACUAAAAUACUGCUAGCUACAGCUCAGGUGCCACUUUCGUACGGUCUUCCAGACAGUUCAGUGUGAAAUGCGUCUUGAGACAAAAUGUCUCACUUGCGAAGGGAGCAUUUGACUUGAUAACCUUAGAAAAUACAUAUCUGUGUGCACACUAAGGAAGUCAUGACCUCUGUUAUUGUAUUAACUGCCCCGUAUGGGGGAGAAAAAAA